GUGAUUAACGCGGAUGUUGUAGCCCUUCAGUGAAAGUGAAGUCGAGCGCUCGCUCGCAGAUCAGCACUCGCCUGGUUCUAACUGGAGCUUUGGGUUUUGCGCUUCUGGUUCUGGUUCUGGUUCAUUUCUGUAGAAUCCUGGGAGGAUCGACGCGCGAUUUUAGACUGAAAUCUACAGCAGCAGAAGCCCGUUACAAGUGAGAAUAGGGUUGUUUUGAGGUCAGAUGUCAUCUGCGAUGAGGCCGUAACAGAAGCUUUUCUUGAGUUUGGUCCUGAUUUUUGCCAGAAUGGCCAAUGCUAAGAAAGCGUCGUCUAAGACGGGGUGUGUUCGCUUCACUGAGGAACCUGCUGCAGCCGCCGCCGCUCACUCUCAUGUGCAUUUUGAGGAGAAACUGCACGACUCCGUCGUCAUGGUGAUACCCGAGUCCAACGGGAACUUCCUGGUGAAGGUGGGCUUCCUGAAAACACAGCACCGAUAUGAGAUCGUGUUCACACUGCCUGAGACGCCAGAGCUCGGGAAAGACGUGUGUCCAGCCCCCAUCCCUAAUCCUCACCUCCGUAUCACUAACAUAACACCGUCCUCAGACGUGCCACUGUAA